AAAAAAUAAAAACAUUAGAAAAAGCGGCAACUGACCAUGUGUUUAAACGUUUAUUAGUUAGCUUAAAUGCAAAAUGGAAGAUUUCAAAGUACCUGUUUUGCCAGCGGCGCCUAAAAACGACACUGUUGCAGAGGAAAAUCCGGCAGAGGAAGCGUCAGCUUCAUCGAAAGUUUCCCAAUUAAAUAGUGCCAGUCCAUACAAAGUGCCAAAGUGGUCUAAACCUCCUGCCGCACAUGAAAACUACAGAUUUGAGGUGCUCAAGUCGGGUCAGAUAAUUGACGAAGUUAAAGAGCUACAACAACAGGCUGUCUGGAGCUUUGGUCGUCUUCCCGACAAUGAUGUGUCCAUGGCACAUCCAACAAUAUCUCGAUAUCAUGCAGUACUUCAGUACAAACCAAAGUCGAAUACCAAUGCGGAAAGUGACGAAGAGGAGGAGGGCACUGAGAAUUCCUUAAAAUCAGAACAGCCUGAGGGUUGGUACAUCUAUGACCUGGGCAGCACACACGGCACCUUUCUUAACAAACAACGUAUUCCGCCGCGUGUAUUUAUACGCAUUCGUGUUGGCCACAUGCUUAAGCUGGGAAGUAGCACUCGGGUCUAUAUAUUGCAGGGACCCAGCGAGGAUGAGGAGCCCGAAUCGGAGCUGACGGUUACCGAGCUACGAGAACAACGAGAUCAACAAAUUGCGGCGGCUGUUGCUGAGAAGGUGCGAAAAGCUGAAGAAGCCUUGGAGCAAGAACGCAAUGAAGGAGCCAGCUGGGGAAUGAGCGAGGAUGCCGACGAAGAGACCGAUCUUACACAUAAUCCCUACGCCAGUACAAAUAACGAGGAGCUUUUCUUUGAUGACCCAAAGCGGACGCUUCGUGGUUUCUUUGAGCGUGAAGGUCUCACUCUGGAGUACAAAUGUGAUGAGCUGUCUCAAGCAUCGUUUGUAUGCCGUGUUGAGCUUCCUAUAGAUGACUCAAAUGGCAGACCAAUCGUUGUGGAGGUGUCACACAAGGGACGCAAAAAGGAUUGCGUGGUGCAGUGUGCAUUGGAGGCAUGUCGCACCCUCGAUCGGCAUGGUGUGUUGCGACAGGCCAAUCAAGAGUCACAAAAGCGCAAGGUCUUGAAAACUGGAGAUUCUGAUGAUGAAGAUGAGUUCUGGGAUCGAACUGGUGAUGUGGCAAGGAAGAAACAACGGUUGGAAAAUACAGGGACAAGUGUUGCGCUUACCUAUGAUGAUUUGCUUAAGCAGGAAUCUGAGCUCAAUGAAGAAUUAGAGAAAGUCGAACAGGAGAUUACAGCAUACCAACAAAACGAAAAGCGAUUAAAAGAGCUGGCAGUCAAACAACAAAGCGUCGAGGAUGACUUGGACAAUUUUAUGGAUACCCUCAGUGAAAAUGUCACGCCAGUGGAUAAGACUGAGAUCAAGAAGUUGCGGCUUGAGGAGCAACGGAUAAGGAGUGAGAAACAGAAGUUACAACGGCUAAUUAAAAUCGCAAAGCCAACAGCACUGCCUUUUCUUGGGUCGAGUGCCAGCUCCGUGUCUGUCAACAAGGAUCCAGAAAGCAAUGUAAACAAGAAGCAGCUGCCAAUGAUUGGCAAGAGAAAUCAGUUUAGUAAAUUUAAAGUGGUCAAAGCGGUUCCAAGUAUUCGGCCCAAAGUGCAAGCGAAUGUUUUUGAAUCCGAUGAAGAGGAAGUUGAAGAGGAGGAGGAGGAAGAGAUAAAAACGGAUGCAGUUACAAAACAAUCGACUAGUGAGGGUUCAAAGGAAAGAAAUCCAACAGCUGAGUCGGAAGUGGACUCGCACAAUAUAAUAGCUGCACCGGAUGCCAUAAGCAAAUGCAAUGUGGUGAAGUCAAUUGAAAAGACAGCGGAAGUGCCGACUGCACCAGUUGAAACUUCAGCAGACAUCACGGACCCACAAACAGACCCGGCAGCCAGCAGCGAAUUGAACUCUGAGGAACAAAGCGCUGAAGAGGCCGCUCACAGAAAACGACGUCAACGUGCUCGACAACGCAACAAGCAGCGUCAAGAUGUGGACAUGGAUCUAAAUGAGUUGGCUGAGCAUGAGGAUGAUGAAAAGUACGCCAAGUGGGUGCCACCUACAAAUCAAAGUGGGGAUGGAAUCACGCACCUGAACGAUAAGUUCGGCUACUAAUUUGAACAAAUUGUUUGUAUUUUAAGCAUUUGAUAUUAGAAUAGUUUAUGCGCAGAUUGUAUUUAUUAUAAUACUUUUUCUCUCCAUUCA